AUGACGUCAAGUUACGUAAAUGAGUAUGACCAACCUCUACUGUACCAGUGUCCUGAAGAUAAAUUCGUGAACGGUUUCCGCAGUAUUCAUGACAACACUUCUAAUGACAGGCGCACAAGCGUCCAAUGUUGUUCACUCAAAGGUUACGUAAAUGAGUAUGACCAACCUCUACUGUACCAGUGUCCUGAAGAUAAAUUCGUGAACGGUUUCCGCAGUAUUCAUGACAACACUUCUAAUGACAGGCGCACAAGCGUCCAAUGUUGUUCACUCAAAGGUCGUAAGAAAGGAUAUUGUUAUUUAACCUCGUUCCUCGACAGUUAUGACGAGCCAUUGGACUAUACCGUACCUGAUGGUCAUUAUAUCCAUGGAAUUGUCGAUUUCCAUGAAAACAAUGACGCUGUACAUUCUUUUGAAGUUUGCGAAUUUGAGGAGUAA